AUCCCCAUGCUUAUCACACACAUCAACCAUUUUCGUCACCAAGAAACUGCUCUGCGAUAACGAGUACUUGACAAUAUCCGCAUGAAUUUUCUUCAACUGUGAUAAUUUUUUACAGUUCUGCAAUGCGGGUACAAACAGAUCUUCAACUUCUCUGAUUUUAGAGACAUCAAUUCUGGUUGCCAUUAAUGAGCCGAUUCCCUUCGUUGGUUUUGAGCGAGCGGCAUGGAUUUGCAAACCUUUUAAGGUUCUGUUCAAAGAACGGAUUACUUGAUCAAGGGAUUCAAGUUCAUGGAGCUCUGGUGAAAAUGGGAUUUGGGUCUGAGUUGGUCCUAAACAAUUUUCUCCUAGACAUGUACGCUAAAUGCUAUAAAAUGGACAAGGCCUGUGCUGUGUUUGAUAAAAUGCUUGAGAGAAACGUGGUUUCAUGGACAGCUCUUAUGUGCGGGCACAUAUUAAAAGGGGAUGCCAAAGAAUCAUUAUCAUUAUUCUUUCAAAUGAUAUUGUCCGCUGUUAUACCAAACGAGUUCACCUUCUCUACGAAUCUAAGGGCAUGCGGGCUUUUGGGCAGUCUUGAAAAUGGAAUGCGAAUACAUGGUAUGUGUGUUAAGAGAGGAUUUGAGAAGCUGCUUGUAGUGGGAAAUUCUAUUACUGACAUGUACUCGAAAUGUGGAAGAAUUAAUGAAGCGGAGAUAAUGUUCAAAUCAAUGCCAAUCAAGAAUCUUAUAAGUUGGAAUGCAAUGAUUGCAGGAUACACACUUGCAGGAUAUGGUGCAAAAGCUAUCAGUGCGUUCCAGAGGAUGCAAGGAGAUGGGAUGAUUCCUGACGAAUUCACAUUAACAAGCAUGUUGAAAGCUUGUGCUGGUCUUGACACAAUUCAUGGAGGAAAGCAAGUUCAUGGUUUCUUGAUCACAAGUGGAUUCCCAUGUUUGGCUAAGGCAACAACUGCAGGCGCUCUUAUAGAUUUAUAUGUAAAAUCUGAAAAUUUGUUCGAAGCUCGGAAAGUAUUCAAUCACGUUGAGGAGAAGAAUGUCAUAUCCUGGAGUUCGCUGAUCUUAGGUUAUGCCAAAGCCGAGAACUUGAAUGAGGCUCUGGAUUUAUUCAGGCAGCUUCGCAUCAGUUGCUCACGAAUAGAUGGUUUUGUGCUAUCAAGCAUUAUUGGUGUGUUUGCUGAUUAUGCUCUUGUGGAGCAAGGUAGGCAAAUGCAUGCCUACACCGUUAAAAUUCCAUCUGGUCUAGAAACAUCAGUAUGUAAUUCAAUUGUGGACAUGUAUCUCAAGUGUGGAAUGAUAGAUGAAGCAGAGAGAUCUUUCAAGAAAAUGACAAUGAGAAAUUUGGUUUCCUGGACGGUAAUGAUCACUGGCUAUGCAAAUUAUGGUCUGGGAAAAGAAGCAAUUCAUCUCUUUGAUGAAAUGCAGUUAAGUGGAGUGGAACCUGAUGAGGUGACUUAUUUAGCGAUACUCUCAGCUUGUAGCCAUUGUGGACUCGUUAAAGAAGGUCAGGAAUACUUGUCAAGGUUAUACCAUGAUUGUAGGACCGAACCAAGAGUAGAGCAUUAUGCUUGCAUAGUUGAUCUGCUUGGGCGGGCAGGACGCUUAGAAGAAGCUAAGAAUGUCAUAGAGACAAUGCCUUUGAAACCAAAUAUAGGAGUAUGGCAAACAUUGCUCAGUGCUUGUCGACUACAUGGAGAUAUAGAUUUAGGGCACUAUGUGGGGAAAAUUCUUACGGAAUUGGACAGUGAAAAUCUAGUCAACUAUGUGACGAUGUCAAAUAUAUAUGCCCAAGCCGGUUAUUGGAAAGAACGGGAGAGAAUAAGAAAAAUGAUGAAGGCAAAAGGAUUGAAAAAAGAUGCAGGGCGUAGUUGGAGAAUAGAACAAUAGAGUUAAAUAAGUUGCCUCUUUUAAAUCUACAAAGUAGCGAAAGAAAUAGAGAGAUAGAUAAUAUAAAAUAAAAAUUAGCUUGUGUGUGACAUUGCAUGUUGCAGAGAAGAGUUCAAAGAAGGAU